AUGGGCAACUGCUGUGAACCACCAAACAAGAUAGAUCAUUUCUUGUACGUUAAAACAGGGGACAUCAAAGGCAAUUUGUCUAAUGUGAAACUACGUGCAAAGCUGCAAGAUAUAAAUGGCAAAAUAAGCAAUGAGUUGAAACUGGAUCUUCAUUUUGGAAUAGAUUUUGAAAGAGGGCGAAUGAACGUGUUUGAAGCUGUAUCUUUGAACGGUUUUUCAGAUAUGGUAAGAGUUGAACUAUGGAGAGAAGACAGUGAAGAAAAUCAAGGAGAUGAUUUGACGGAUGGAGUAGACUGGUUUUGCGAAUCUCUACUUGUUAAUAACAGACAGACCGAAAAAUGCUUUUAUUUUCCUGUGUUAAGGUGGGUUUUGCUAAACCAGCACUACAAAAUAGAGAUAAAUGACUCAUUGUUGCCUCAAACUGAUCCAAACGCAGAACAGAGAAAGGAAGAAUUAAAUCAUCUUCAAGAGCUUUACCAAUAUGGCCAAUCUGCUCCUGAUUUACCAGUUCAAUGGGACAUAAUAAAUUCACAAUUCCAAGUGCUUGCCAAAGCAGGCCUUUCAAAACUGCCGGCCACACCCUGGGACUCUUUAGAGGAAUUGCUUGGAGUAUAUGUUCCUGAACUACCAGAGCCUGUGGGAGUAGAUAGAUGGAGCAAUGACCUGUGUUUUGGAGCCCAGCGAUUAAUAGGAUGUAAUCCAACGAUGAUAAAACUGUGCACUGAUUUGCCAGAAAACAUGAGUGUCACAGCAGAAAUGUUAAGACCGUUUUUAGAAGGAUGGACUAUGAAACAAAUUAUUGAAGCAAAAAGAUUGUAUGUGGUUGAUUUGAAAAUAUUAAAAAAUAUCAAAACUGUGCCAGGACACAAGGUAUGUGCUCCUAUAGGCUUAUUUUUUGUAACUGGAGAUAAACAGUUUGUACCAAUCGCUAUACAAUUAUUUCAAAACAUAGCGCCAAACAAUCCAGUCUUUUUGCCUAAUGACCCACCCUUCACAUGGUUAUUAGCUAAAAUGUGGUUCAACAAUGCCGAUUCUGCUGUCCAUCAAGCCCUGACGCAUUUCUGUUUUACUCAUUUGAUAAUGGAGUCUGUGUGUGUGGCUAUGCAUAGAACAAUAUCUCCAAGCCACCCAAUCUAUAAACUUUUAGCUCCACAUUUUCUUUUCCUGCCUUCCAUCAAUGCGAGAGGAUUAGAUCAACUGAUCAGUGAGAAUGGUUGGAUAGACAGAACGACAUCAUUAGGAAGAGAAGGCAUGUUUGAACUGAUGAAAAGAGGGAUGGAUGAUUGGAGGAUGGAUGUACAUGGCACGUUCCCAAAAGAAUUGGAAAGCAGAGGACUACUCGAUUUGAAAGUACUGAAUGAUUAUGGAUACAGAGAUGAUGGAAUGCUGGUUUAUAAGGCCCUGGAAAGAUAUGUCAACAAAAUUGUUUUCAAAUGUUAUGAAAGCCUUGAAAAAUUAAACAAUGACAUUGAAAUCCAAAAUUUUGCCAGAGAAUUAUCAAUAUCAAAAGAUGAUGGAGGGGCUGGUAUAAAAAAAAACGGCACGGAAAUUUGUAAAACAUUUACAAGGGCAGAGGAUGUGUCCAUGCUGUGCAUCAACGUUAUUUUCACUUGCACAGUUCAACACGCUGCUUCUAAUUUCCCCCAAUACAACGAAUACGCAUUUCCGCCUAAUUAUCCAUCUAUUCUUAAUGGUGUUCCGCCAACAGAUAAAUCUCCGCGUACCGAAGAAGACAUACUUGCAGUGAUCCCAGAUAAAGCCACUACUCUAGAGAUUAUGUCCAUUACAAAAUUAUUUAGUACGCGUCCACCGAAAAGUUUAACACAAUGGGACUUUCAAAACCAGUUUGAUUACACAGCAAUAACGGCAGAAGCUGAACUACGCAAAGAACUUGAAUCGAUCAGCCAAACGAUUAAGCAAAGAAAUGAAACAAGGGACGAUAUUGUUAAAUAUUUUUACCUUGAUCCAAAAAAUAUUCCUAACUUCAUAUCCGUCUAG